AUGGCAGACAAAGUACCAUCAUUAUCAAAGCCUCUGCAAAUUGGCAGCUUGACUCUGAAAAAUCGUGUAAUCAUGGCUUCAUUGACACGAAACCGAGGCAUGAUUCCUACUGAAGACUUACACGUCAAGUACUAUGCACAACGAGCUUCUGCUGGCUUGAUCUUGACAGAAGCAACCUUUAUUGAACCUCAAGGAUCUGAAUGGCCUGCAGCUCCAGGUCUAUGGUCUGCCAAACAAAUCGCAGCCUGGAAGAAGGUCACUGAAGCCGUUCAUGCCAAAGAUGGCGCCAUCUUUGCCCAGCUCUGGCACAUCGGACGAGUUGCUCAUCCUCUCCAUCAAGCUGGUCAGCCAAAUGUUGGCCCAUCAGCAAUCGCUGCCAAAGGUGGCAAGUUCCGUUACUUGACUGGCGCUCCAGGAUAUGUGACUCCUGAAGCUAUCGCUACAGCUGAUGUUCCUCACUACAUUGGUUUGUACCGAAGAGCUGCAAAGCACGCCAAAGAAGCUGGAUUCAAUGGAGUUGAGCUUCACGGCGCCAACGGCUAUCUCGCUGCUCAGUUCAUGGAAUCUUCGUCGAACAAGAGGACUGACAAUUAUGGUGGUAGCAUCGAAAACCGUGCUCGAUUCCCUCUCGCUGUCAUUGAUGCACUGAUUGAAGAGAUGGGAGAUUCCAAGAAAGUCGGAAUAAAAAUUUCGCCUGCUGGAGGAUACAACGAUAUGGGCGAUCCAUUGCCUGAAGCCAUUGAAUUCUUCUCUUACUUGGUCGAUGAACUGGACAAGCGAAACAUUGGCUACAUCCAAUUCAACCGAUACACUCCAGACUUUGAUCCUGAAGGUCGUGGAAACAAGAUGGAUGUGGUUGCUGAAUUGCUGCCUCGCGUUAAGAAUGCUGCUGUCUUUUUGAACGGUGCAUUGACAGGUGAAGAAGCUGAAGGACUUGUUCAAUCUGGAAAGAUUGCUGGUGCAGUCUUUGGUCGUCCAUUCAUUGCAAACCCUGAUCUUCCAAAGGCACUGCAAACAGGCGCUACAAUCAAACAUCCUGACUAUAUGAAACUAUACGGUACCAUGGGUGAAGAAAGUACAUGGGCCGCUGGCUACAAUGACUACCCACCAAUUUCUGCUUGA